GUUAAGUGUUGCUACACGGAAGUUAAUACGCUUAACGCACCAGGUUACCUAGCAACCAAAGCUUUCAUCUGAUCAUGGCGAGAUUUGUGCUGGCUGGAAAAGCAGACUGUCCUUAUUAUGCUCAAGCGGAACUAUUGGCAGAUGAACUACAACGAUCUCUGCCGGACUUCAGGGUCCACAAGAUCCCCAUCCUGCCAGGUCAAUGGAAGGAAUGGCUUGAGUCCACGUGCCAAACAAAUGGCUGGGUGCACGAAGACUCUCCUUUGGUCUGGAGGGAGCUGACAGAACGGGGGGGCAAAGGGACGCUCCUGGGGGGUUUCAGUGACUUCAUGAAGCAUUGUCAGGACUACUACGGGGCCACAUCAGACAUGUCAACAGACACCAUGAUAAAAAUUGCAGCAGUGAAUUUGGAAACCCAGAUGAGCCUCAUUGCAGAAGAGCGUCGGACCAGUCUUCUGCAUUUACAUGUGUGGAUCACUGGUGCACUCAACCCAACAUCCCAGAUCUUAAUCCCUCACUUGCUGUCUGUGGAGGUGUUUCCUAAAGUCACUGCAGUUCACCUCCACUUACUGGACCUGGACGGGACCGAGGAGGCGAUGCAAGAGCUCAGGAUAAACACUGAGGAUCUGGCACUCAACUUGCUCUAUCGGGUGACCGUUCACAGAGAUCUGGAGCAGGCGUUCCACAAAGCCAACGUUAUUAUCCUUUUAGAUGAUUUAAGCACAGAUGGAGAGGAGAAUGAUGAAAAAGUGAAAGAAGCAUCAGUGCGGUACAGAGCGUACGGGCAGCUCAUCGACCAAUGCGCCGACAAACAGGUGAAGGUGAUUGUGUCUGGGGACGCCUUCGCCAGCCUGAGGUGUUCGCUUCUAGCCAAAACCGCCCACUCCAUUGACAGCCAACAGUUUGUUGCCAUGGCAACACAGCUGGAGGAUGCAGCCAGAGCCAUAAUUGCAAAAGAGAUGAAAGUGAGGCCAUCAGAUGUGGCAGAUGUUUUUGUGUGGGGGAACAUCAGUGGUGAAUUCUUCAUCGACCUGCAGAGGGCAAAGGUUUUUAACUAUCGAGGCACAAUAUCUGGACCUGCUUUCUUCUCCCAGUCAGUCCUCCAGAUUCUAUCCAACAGGGAAUGGUUGGAAAGAGACCUCAAGCAGCAGGUGCGACAUCGCCGUGCAGCUGUGGCCUCAAAAACCGGCCGCUUCACCGCCGUGUCCACCACCCACGGGAUUCUCAGACUCCUGAAGGCUUGGCUAGGCCUCUCCAGUCCAGAAGAGAACCUGUCUGCCGGUGUCCUUUGUUCAGGCACGUUCGGUCUCCCAGAUGGACUUGUCCUCUCCGUCCCAGUCAGAUUCACAGAUGGCCAGUGGCUCAUGCUGCCCGACGCCAUUGAUGAUGAAAUAAAAGAAAGACUCCAGCUUUGUGUGAAUGAACUCCAUCAGGUUUGUUUCAUCCCAUAAAGGUUUGUUGGAAAGCACAUUUUACUGGGGAAAUGUAUGGAAAACUUCAGUUAACAUCGUCACUAUAAUGGGCAGCCAAUAAAAAAGCUGGACUUUGUGUCUAUAUAAAGUAUGAAUGCAUGUCAAGCGAGUUAAAAAAUGUCCAUCCCAUCCCUAAUGCUAAAUGGACUCUUUAAUUUGUGCUAAAAUGCUAAAAGAGAAAUAAAGAAUCUCUAAGGAGGAGCCUACAGAGUGACGGUCUGGUCUGAACUCACUCUUCCAGGACAAGAAUGAGUCGUUUAAAA